AUGUUCUACACAAGUAGACUACUGCGAGCUCUCCAACAUAUCAAACAGCAUGGAGAGCGCUCAGUGCCGCUCUCAGACAGCACUCUUAAGGAGGUCAUUGUCAAAGCCAUCGGCAAACCAACUUCUAGCGAUGAGAUAAAGUACUUCAAGCGGAAUCGCAGAGCAAAGCCCGUUGCGCCCUGUUUCGCAGGUGAAAUCAGACCUAAAAUGAAGCUCGUCGCCGCUGCGAUCGAUCACUCGGAACUGCCUCCGCCGACGUUACCAGAGGUGGGCUCACCGCCAAGUAUCAUACUAGUUGAUAUGCCCGGCUACGGGUAUUCUUCCGCAAAGGAAGAUCUGUCCACGCAGUGGAACGAAUUCGCUCUGUCGUACCUCAAGUACAGGGAAACUUUAAAACUAGUCAUCGUGCUGGUGGACAGCCGCAUAGGAUUGAAACAGUCCGAUCUGGAAGUCAUCAAUUUCUGCAGCAAGUACAAGAUAAAAUGGCACCUCGUGCUCGCAAAGGCCGACACCAUGAAACCGGUGCUCCUGGCGAAAAUGAUGCAAAAGGUAAAGCUGGAAACCUCUACAUACAGGGGUUCGAACGGGAAAAUUAUCGCAGUUGGAGCGACGAAGGACCAAAACCUAGAGGAAAUCAGGGGGAUUGUAGAAUCCUUUAGAGUCGACAAGCACAUAGCUCAUUUCUGGUCUAGAUACAGGGCCAGUAGAACACCCGAUGAAACCAAAAGGAUGAAGUCAGACGAUCCUCCAAAAAGUAUCGCAAUAAAAACGGGCAAUGAUAGCGAUAUGCGCUUAACAAAUGAAUCGCAUUCGCCACUUAAAGCGACUCCAUUGGAAAAAUACGAUUUGUUCAAGUACAUCGGCGAAACGAGUAACCCAUACAGUGUUGACCAGGUGGCACUGCGUUGCCUCGGCGAGGUAUUCUCACGGUUGACGCCCAUACCAGGCUUUGUUGACGAUACGAUGCCAGCUGCAGAAGAUACUACACCGGCGAUCGAAACGGAAAGCGUAAUUGAACGCAGCGUCGCACCCACAUUUGUUGAAAUGGACGGUAAUCUGCUCUACGACCUGCACAUAACUCUGGAGGACACGCUAAAACGCAACGAAGAGACCGAGGCGCCACAGGAAAACCUCAUACAAGAUAAAAUCGUCAGCUAUCAAAGACGCCUGGCCAUGGGCAUCGAACCCGCGCCAAAGGUCGGCAGGCCUAACAUAGGCAGGAGCUACAAGAGGGUUAUGUCCAUCUACAGGAAGGCAUUGGCGCCCACAAAACUCAAGUGGAACUCCGCGAAUCGAGAUAAACUGACCUGGUCGGCAGCCUACCAGAAGUGGGAGAGGUGGAGCAAAAAGCACCCAGAACUCGCCAGGUCCGCGCAACCACCCACAAAACGGCAAGUAGUUAGCGAUGGAAGGUUGGUCGCACCGAACAAUGGCACAGUUAUUUGCAGCAAAACGCGUAUACGGAAGCACCAGUUGCAAGUACACCAAAAACGCAUUAAGACCCGGGAAGAUCCGCCCAAAAUUAACCGAAAGUCCCAUCUAUAG